AGGUCAUAUUCUCUUAUUUUACUAAAAGAAAAAACAUAUCAAACACCAUGGGAAACUGCUUGUUCGGAGGUUUGGGAGACCCAGAUGGAGUAAUCAAAGUAACGACCUCAAACGGCGGCGUUAUGGAGUUCUUUGCCCCUAUCACGGCCGGUAACAUCACCGGCGAGUUUCCGGGUCACGGCCUAUUCCGAAGCCAAGAUCUUUUCUGGAAGCCUCUCCCUCACGACGAAGAGUUGGUGGCCGGACACUCCUACUACUUACUCCCACUCGGCGGAAGCGACGGCGGCGAUAUCAGCAGCGCCAGCAGUAGCUGUAGUAUAGUUAGAGAAGGUCACGUGAGAUCGAACAGCAUACCGGCGACUUCUUCCGCCGUGGCGCCUUAUCGGAUGUCGUUUGACUACCAAGGAAUGCUUAAGCGAUCGUACACCGAAGUGUUCUCGACGAGAGGACCGGCUUACUACAGCCACGGCGGAGGGUUUUGGAAGGUCAAGCUGGUGAUCACACCGGAGCAGCUGUUGGAGAUUCUCUCGCAGGAGGGAAGGACGCAAGAGUUGAUUGAGAGCGUUAGAACCGUCGCCAAGUGCGGCGGCAGCGGUGGCGGAGGCGGAGGCGGAGGAGGCUCAGCCUUACCGGAAGUAGGGUUUUCCGAUGAGUACUGGAGUCUCUCUAGCAGUAGUAGGAACGGUUCUUCUAAAGUAAAUGGCCGGUUAAUUAAUUAUAGAUAUUAAUUAAUAAUGUGUUUAAUUAAUUUUAUCUAUUAAAUUUUGAUAUAUAUAUAUAUAUUUAUAUUUAUAUAGUAGUUUUUAUUAUGUUCAUCAAUUAUAUAUUAGUACUACAUAUAAUAGUUUAUGAUGAGUUAUAAAAUCUAAUAAUAAUGGUGAAUUGUAAACUGAUAUUUGAUCACUUGGUUUUAUUAAUUAUUAGCUUUAUUUAUGAUAA